GCCUCAUUCAUACAAGCACAACAUUCUCCAUUCCUUAACCAUGAAAACCUUCAAUUCUUUCGCCUUUUCCACUCUUCUCAUUGCUGCCCUCCUCUCAGCCUCCGCCCAUGCAGCCACUUUCGACAUCCAAAACAAUUGUCCCUACACAGUCUGGGCUGCAGCGGUCCCCGGCGGUGGCCAGAGGCUAGAUAAUAGCCAAACAUGGACCCUCAACGUGGCAGCCGGCACAACCGGAGGUCGCGUUUGGGGUAGGACAAACUGCAACUUUGAUGGCAGUGGCCACGGCAGCUGUCAGACCGGUGACUGCGGUGGACUUCUUCAGUGCACUGCCUACGGUGCACCACCAAAUACUCUAGCAGAAUUUGCAUUGAACCAGUUCAGUAACCUGGACUUCUUCGACAUUUCCCUUGUUGAUGGCUUCAAUGUGCCGAUGGAUUUCAGCCCUACAUCCAAUGGCUGCACCCGGGGCAUCAGCUGCACAGCCGACAUAAAUGGGCAGUGCCCAAGUGUGCUUCAAGCUCCAGGAGGUUGCAACAAUCCAUGCACUGUUUUCAAGACUGAUCAGUAUUGCUGCAACUCAGGCAGCUGCAGUGCGACUGACUAUUCCAAGUUCUUCAAGGAUAGGUGCCCAGAUGCAUACAGCUACCCGAAAGAUGACCAGACUAGCACUUUCACUUGCCCUGCAGGAACCAACUAUAGGGUUGUCUUUUGCCCUUAGGCCAAUACCAAGGAUCCUAAAAAUUCUCGUUACUUCCUACAUGGUCAAAUAUAGUACCCGACGCUAAAUAAUAUGUUGCAACAGCACAUGUAGUGAUGUGCAACUGCAUCUUUCUUUUAAGUCCAAAUAUACAGUUGGAUUGAGAUUGGGUGUAAGUAGCUAAUAAUGCACGUUGAUGAAUAAAACUUAAGCAUCCCUUAUAGUAACACAGCUGAAUGCAUGAUCUCUUUCUACGUAA